CCAUUGUGGAAUAGCAGUCUUCCAUAUGAAAAUCGAGGACCAGCAACAAUCAAAUUUUUAUGGUCGGAGAUUGAUGAAAAAUUAAAUUUAUAUCCUGGUACAGCAAGCUCUAAAUGGCGUAAUCUACGAGACACUUAUGUCCGAAAGUUAAGUGAGCAAAAUAAAUAUGUUCCCAGUGGAAGUGCUGCUGAAGCCAAACCUAAGUCAGUAUCAUGGCCAUAUUUUGAGUUAAUGGGAUUUUUACGAUCAACAGUAACACGUCGAAAGACAUUUAGUAACAUAAAACCACUUAUACCUUCUACUAACGGGAUAAAGAACAAGGAUUAUUGUGUUAAUGUAAAAGAACCAUUAAAAGAUCAAAAUUCUACAUGUGUUACUCCAUCAAAUUACAGAAGCAAUACUUAUAAAAAAGAUACUUUUUUAGAAAAAAAAAAUUCUGCAACAUCAAGUUCUACUACAAGUGAUACAGAAAUUCUAGAAUUUUUUCCAAAAAGUUUUGAUUCCCAAAAUCAAGCUUAUUCUAGAUCAACAGUACCAAAUUAUUCAUUAAAACGACAAAAUAUGGAAUUAGAGGAAGGAAUUAUACCCUCAAAAAACGUACAGGGCUUAGGAACUAGCAAUAUAGAUAAAAGAAAUAUUAAUAUACCAGAAAAAAGACGACGUCAGAGUAUUAAUAAAAAAGAAAAUGAGAUUCCAUUACUUGAACAAUCUUUAAUAUCAGAAAUAAAGAAAACAGAUGAAUCCAUGAACAAAAUGAUAUCUGAUCCAAUAACAGCUUUUUGCAAUUAUUUGGCAACGCAACUUCGUACAUUGUCACAACAUAAUUUCACAACAUGUCAAAGAAGAAUACUAUCGCUCUUGUUUGAACUUCAAGAUAAUUAUACUCAGUAAGAUUAUUACAAGUAGCGUUCAUUUGACGUUGGAAUUCUAGUCAUCUUCGGUCGCUGUAGCCAUAGAACUACAAUUCGAGUCUGCUGAACGCGACCAUUGUGAUCAAACGGAACAUGCUUCCUAUUAUUACAUUUCUAUAUUACCGAUUAAAUAAGUAGUAACAUUGCAUACAUACAAUAUACUGAGCAAUAUAUUUUUUUAUUUUUAGUUAUUUAAAGUUACGUAAAGUAUUCUAUAUAAAGUAGAUUCUUUUUUGUUAAAAUAUAAGAGAAGUAUACUCAGGU